CGUGUUCGUCUUUGAACGUCUGUCUACGAGGCAAAGGUAUCCUUUUGUUGAAUCAUUGCCCCGCAAAAAGAGCAUGUCGCUUUUAACUGCUUCUUCGGUCCACUACAGAGCUAUGGAUUCUAUCACUGCUGUCAGCGCCAAACAAUUGGAUGAUGUCCUCUGUACGAUGAACUCUGCAAGCUCUCCCUUGGAAGUGGAGAUCAGCGAAGCUCGGAUCGCCUUGCAGAGAGACGGAGAAGAGUUGUUAAACAUAGACUUUGUGCUCGACAGCCUACAUGCUGAGAUCGAGGCGAUACAUGUGCGCAUAUCCCUUCAGCGAGAGAAGCGAUGCGCUGUGGAAUCUCGCAUCCUCGAAAACAAAGCUCGGAUCAGCCCUGUAAAGUUCCUCCCCACAGAAAUACUCCAGCAAAUAUUCAAAUCCUGCCUUCCCAACGAUCGAUAUGUCAUUCCCCAUAUAAUGUCCGCCCCACUUUUACUUUGCCAGAUUUGUCGCCGCUGGAGGGACAUCGCACAGGCAACACCCGAACUCUGGUCAUCUAUUGAUGUCCAUGACUGGGGCAUCUGGACUGCAGAUAUCUAUACGGCGAUGGUGACCCGCUGGCUUGCAGCAGCACGCACUCGUCCGUUGGCUGUCAGUGUGGUGUGCCUACAGAAAUGGGACUGGUUUCGCCAUUACGAUCCAACACAAUCAGGGCUUUUCCGCUUGCUUGCAUCACACUCGGUGCAAUUUCAUGAUCUGCAUAUACAGGCCAGCCGCGGCUACAUUGAUGCAUUCAUGACCAGCGGUUCCUACGCUAUGAAACACCUCUUAAUAUCCGUCAUGCCAACGUCGUUCCUUGUCAACUCCGGACAUCCUCUUACCCUUUGCACGUCGAACGUCACGCACGUUGCUCUCUGCGGAAAGGAGGCGCUCAUUAACCUUAUUCCACGCGCCACGUUCCCUCAAAUUACCCACCUUACACUCGACAGACCAGGAGCAGAAGUUGACUUCACGAAAAUCCUCUUUGAGUUUCCAGCGCUAAUCAAGCUGAAAAUCAAGCUCUUUGUUCACGGCGAAAGCUUGGACAUGGUUACCCCUCCAUCUGAUGCAACGCCCCUUAUCAAGCAUCAGACCUUGGAGAUACUGAGUAUCUACCUAUCGGAGGAUGCAGUUCAGUUUGGGGACGUGGCACCCCUAGCUCGCAUCUUUGACUCAUUAUCUCUGCCAUCUUUGCGAGAGUUGGCCUUUUUAGCCCUUGGCCCCCGUUGGCAGGCCGUCGUCGACGAAUGGCUUCCUGACUCGGUGAAAGUGUUGUUCAGUGGGUCGUCAUGCUCGGCCAAACGCCUUCUAUACCGCAAUUUCAAACACCCUCUGGACCUGGAUGGCUGUCGUGAACAGCUCAAGAACCACGCCAUUGAUCUGAGGGUUGAUAACGCGGGUUCCGGCUGUCAUUGGUACGACAUUGCGUCCUAGGCAUUUUACUCAUACAUUUCACGUGCACAUAUCACUAGGUAU